AUGUCUUUCAGCAUCUACAAGACCGGAUUUCCUGCUCCUAAUGCAGAGCCCUUUGUUUGCACUGCAAAAUCCAUGAAUCUUGUCACACCAACACCAGUGUCUCCUGCUCCUGAGGCUCAUUCCAAUCCUGUUCAUUUUCUCUCCAACUUGACGGAAAUUGCAAAUGGCUCCAACAAUAACAGUUCCUCCAAAUUUCCGCCUUUUGUGAACGGUUCAAAAAAUCACCGGUGCGGAAAGAGCUAUUCACCACAGAAUCAGUCUUGUGCCUUGGUCUCGACCAUUUCCGAUUCAAUCACUUCAACUUCAACACCGGCUCGUAAGAGGGCCGAUAAGUCGCCAGCUCACGUCAAGAAACCCCUGAAUGCCUUUAUGCUUUUCAUGAAAGAGAUGAGGGCCAAAGUUGUAGCUGAGUGCACCAUGAAGGAGUCCGCUGCAAUCAAUCAAAUUCUCGGCAGAAAAUGGCAUGCUCUACCGCACGAAGAGCAGGCGAAAUUCUACGAAAUGGCAAGGAAAGAGAAGGAACUUCAUCAACGGAUGUAUCCAGGAUGGUCGGCGAGAGAUAAUUACGCAUAUCAUGCAAAACGACGGAAAAAUAGAUGCCGAUACCGGGCGUACAAUAACCCUGAGACACAUGGAGAACAACAGAAGCCGAUGAAGGAAGUCACAUCACCCCUUAGCAGUCAGGAACUUGUGUUGAAAGAGCAGCCGACUAUUAAUCUACCGAGUACAGGAUCCAUUGGACUUGGUGGUAUGCUAAGAGGCUCUGCGUUCUACCGAAGUCCAUUUGCUAUCGGUCAAAUGGCUUACGGUGGUAGGGGUGCAGGUGAACAGUGCUGCAAUCCGGCUGAAGACAACAUGGCUUAUUUCAGUUCCAUAGAUCGACACCAACAACAGAGUUACAAAGACCAACAACGGCAACAGCAGCAGCAGGCUCAACAGUCCUUUCAGCUGAAUAUCCAACAGACGGAGUCGAGUUGUGGUGUGAAGGAGGAGUGUAAGACACGUCAACCUUGGUCCUUCUCCGAAUGUAUUGACCCCAUUUCCACAGCCAACAAUUUUAACCCCUCAACUAGCUGGCUUCUCAGCAAUAAUCAGCAUCCUCAAUCAGCCUACGACACUAUUUCAUCAGCCUCCACAUCACCAUGGUCACAAACUCAUCAACAACUUGAAGAUCGCUUUCAGCGUCAAAUUUCCCAACCAAAUUGCACAGGUCAUCCCGGCCACUACUCGACGCCUCCCUAUAACCCCAAUGGAAGCUUUGAUUACCGAUAUGCUGAGCUAAAUCCCACCUACAUAUCAGCGCACAAGGCACCACCAGUGACGUUAGAAAAUGAUCCGUCCUUGAAAUCCACCCCUUCUUAUGAUUCCGCACCUUCAAAACUACCAUUGUUCCAUCCGGGGUAUGAGGAGCCCAGAUGUGGGGAUGGCACUUCUACUGAGACCAUUUAUGGAUUUCCUUCAUCUUGA